AGCGAGUUCGACAAUACCACCUUCGGAACCUACUACACCUACGCCCUCUCCGACUUUGAGAACAUUUCGGCGUCCUCGGCGUUCAUCGUAGUCUGCGACCUCGUCUUCGCCCUGAUGAAGCCCUUCUGGGCCAAGACGUCCGACAUAUACGGGCGCGGCGAGAUGUACCCAGUCGCCCUGGUCUUCAUCACGAUCGGGCUCGUCGUCUCUGCCUCUGCGAGGUCCUUUCCGGCCAUCGCGGCGGGGACUUUUAUCCGGGUUUUGGGCAUGACGGCUAUUAAUUCCAUGAACGAUGUGAUUAUCACUGAUUUCACCACGACUCGGCAGAGAGGAUUUGGUGUUUCGUUUCAGUUCUGGCCUUAUAUUAUUAUGCCCUGGAUUUCUGGCUACGUCAUCGACUCGGUCAUGUCUGCAGGCGGUCUAGGCUGGCACUGGGGGAUCGGAAUCGACGCCAUCUGCUACCCAGUCGGCGUCGCCGCCAUCACAAUCAUCAUGCUCGUCUUCCAGCGGCGCGCCAGGAGGCUCGAGGCGCAGCUCGUGGCAGCACCGCCCAGCACCAAGCCCAAGCCGAGUUUCCUCCAGGUAUGCGCCGCCCUCGACCUGGGCGGCCUGGUCAUCGCCGUGGUGUCUCUCGGCUUCAUCCUCGUGCCCUUGGCUCUGGCGUCGCUGCAGCCGCAGGGGUAUCGCACGCCGUGGAUCAUCGCCCUGUUCGUGCUGGGUCCGAUUGGCUUGCUGGUGGUUCUUCCUCUGUAUGAAGCGCGGGUGGCCUCGAAUCCUUUCUUUCCUGGCCGGUACAUCAAGAACCGGGUCAUUUGUCUCGCUUUUCUCUUGUACUUUUUGGAUUACAUGGCAGCAGCUUCGUCUCAUAGCUACCUUUACAACUGGGCCAUCAUCGCGCAAAACAUGUCCGUCCUACAAGGCACCUAUUUAUCCUACACAAACGCAGUCACCAUCGUCUUCGUCGGCAUCGGCUUCGGCUUCAUCAUGUGGAAGACGCGCCAGUACAAGUGGUGGAUCAUGCUGGGCUGCGUAGUCCGCAUGAUCGGCUACGGCGUCAUGUUCCACAUCCGCACGCAGACGAACCCGCCCUACGCCGAGCUGUACGUUGUGCAGAUGAUCCAGGGCCUGGGCGACGGCCUGGUGCAGACGGGCGGCUUCGUCGCGGCGACCAUCAAUGUGCCCCAUUCAGAGGCGGCGCAGAUGACCGCCCUGACCGUGCUGUUUGGCAUCCUGGGACAGAGCGUGGGGGAUGCCAUCUCGGGGGCCAUCUACACGGGCACGUUCCGAGAGGAGCUGGCCAGGGAGCUCGGGGACAGCGCCACGCCCGGGCUGAUCAAUACGCUGUUCAACUCCAUCACGGGCGCGAUACCUGCCUGGGGAACGGCCGAGAGAAUCGCCAUUGUCAAAGCAUACAACACAGUCACUUCUUACUUUUUCGUGGCAGCCAUGGUUAUUAUCACUCCUGGCUUUAUUCUGGUGUACUUGCUACCGAACCAGACUCUCGGUGAUACCCAGAAUCUUGUCGAGGAGCAUGGCAUGCUGGAAAAGCACGAGGACGAUGCGAGGGAUCGUACAACUUGA